AACAGCCAACAGGUGAGCAGCGAGGAUCGGAAAGAAGACAGCAUGCUGCCGGUAGUGUCAGUCGGUGAUUGUGAUGCGUGAGGUGCGUGCGGUGUUCAAAGUGCGGUGUCGUGCUCUGUGCAUAACAUAUAAAAGUGCGUUUUUCUCCAACUUGUCGUACGAUUUCAUCCGGAAUCAUCACCGUUUCUUCUCUCCUCUGUCACGUGGUUUGCUCCUUUGGAUGGUUCCAGCCUUCGUCUGAUCCUUGAUGACGUCUCACUUCAUUACCGAGACUCCUUUACAGACAACGAUUUUAGUCGCAGACUGUAAAAGGUGACGCCAUGGUCGUAUUUAAACCAACGGAAGAGAUGGCGCUGAUGCAACAGGCGUCCCCGAAACUGCGACGAUCGAGGAGACUCUCAUCAACGCGAGGACUGAUCCCGAAGAAUGUAAGGGAGCUGGGAGAGCGUGACCUGAAUCAAAAACUGGGACUCUGCCCGAUUGUGAGCGUGAGGGAUACGGAUAAAAAGAGUCUGGACCGUGGUCGACUGUCUCAGGAAUGGGAUUUCAAUGAAAAAAUCAGUCUCAGCAGCGGAUCCAGUCCCAGGAUUGAUCUAAGGGCUGGUUUUGAGCUCGCUAAGGACUCUGCAAGGUUAGCCGAGCUCAGAGGAGAAGGAAAGAAUUCAUCGCGAUGGUAUGUCGACCGCACAGCCUGCAAGGACUCUAGAAUCAUUCAGGAAAACGUGAUAAAGAGUGACUCCAAGUACGAGAUUGGCGUGCCUGAGGAGCCCGGAAAAGUCUUAGGAAAAACGAAAGUGCAGAGGAAUCGAGAGAGCGAAACUGCAGGAUCGUCCUCUAAGACCAUGCAGAGGUCAUCGAGGGGCGGAGAAAAGACGACGGGGACGAAGAGUAGAGCAAAAGUGAACAAGGAUAAAAUCGAGAAGGCGAACGACUCGAUAUCGAAGAGGUUGGAGCUGAUACACGAGCUAAAUCAAAGGAUUCUAGCUAACUACGAAAAGUUUCAGCAGAAGUCGAAGAGGUCGCAUUCGAAGAGCUCGAAGGACUCUAAGGAGGCGUUGAGAGGCUUAAGAAGGGAUUCAGAGGUCAGUGGCCGAAAAGCGACCGAAAACUUGAGCACAGUUUCCAAGCAACUGAUCGCCUACUCUCAAGUGGCUACAACGAGGCAGAAGACCGCUGACGGGACACGAGAUGCUGAGGACUUUCAACGACAGAAAUCUGACACGAGCAAGUUUACAUUUUCCCGCGAUUAUUGCGAGCGUCUCGUUUCGAAGCUGGACAAGCCUGAAACGAAUCGUAAAAAAGGAAGAGCACCAGUUCCACCGAAGAAACAGUUUUCGAACCCUAAGACGCUACGUGACGUUAAUGAGAACUUCAGCAUGGCUCCUAGAGCGAAUUUUUACCAACCCCAAAAUCUCCCGGAAGUCUGUGACUCCAGCUUCAAGGUUACGCGAAAACCACACUCCACCAUGUCGAACUAUACCGAGAAGAAGAAGCCCUCUAAAGACAAUGGGUCAAGGUUUUGCUUGGAAGAGGAAAGAGACCAGAAAAAGAUGAUCAAAGUCCCGAAAGUGAAUUCUGUUCCUCACACAGAAUCUGCUUCAAAAGAUGCUCGUCAAGGUGAGCUGCACGAACCAAAAUGCACGAUUGUGCUAGCCAAAAGUGAGAACGUUUCAUCGGGGACGUUGGAUCAUUUUCAAAGGAUAUCUGAGAGACCAGAUGAUGGUGAGACUAUCCUGGAGAAGAGAAUCCUCGACGACUUGAACCGCACGAUCAGCAAGUUUGACGUUGAAACAGACACGCCGCAAGCCUCUGCAACGGAAAGCCAGUCUUCAACUGGGAAGACCGAGAGUUUCAGUUCGGAUUCUAUUGAGAGUGGCUCUUCUCCAUCGACGAAAAUUAAGAACGGGAGUUUCGAGUCCAACUGCUGUGUCGAGCCCUUCAAUUCCUCUUGGGACUCGGGUGUCGGUGGCGACGUUUGCGGGGGCAGCGGAUGGGUCAGAGUUCACACCGGAAUCGAGAGUAGCUUGGUUUACCUGACCUUGGAAACAACGGCCAAGGACGUUUGCAGGGACAUGCUCCUUGGGGAGGACCUUUCCCUUUUCGUGCAGUACGGUGGCGAGCCAGGAAGACGACUAGCACCAAGCGAGCGGCCCCUCGAACUCCAAGACUCGUUUCUCCAAAGACUGGGAUACUUGGAAGCGUCGAGGCGAGCUCGCUUAGGCGUGGACCCGGAGCUGAGGCAUCUGGUCGCCUUCCACGUCGGUCCUACGGCUCCACUCCCAGAACUCAACGGCUACAGCCAAUGCGGCCACGUACUCGUUCUCAAGGGAUUAGUUUUCCCCCAGUGGAAGAGGCGACCCCUCGCCGUCAUCGGAUCUCGACUCUUCUUGUAUCCAGCGUCGCCAGACGCGUCACCCGAAUGGAUGGAACUCGGAGGAAACGGAAGCGCCGUCUGCUGUGCCCCAUCGCGGUUGGGGAGGCUCGUCCUUCGGGUGACAGGAUACCCGAGGAUCACGGCACCCCGUCAAGGAUCUCGUCCUCGAGAGUCUCCUCACCAUCCUGAGACACGGCAUCUCUACCUUGGCUUCCAUCAUCCAUGGGACAGAGAUCUUUGGCGAGGAUGGCUCAAGCAGGCCACUCAGCAUACCUCGUGCCCUCGUAUACUCGACCUCAGCAAAGGCGGUCUGUCCAGGAUACCGGAUAGCACCAUCGCCUUUCCAGCGAUCGAGGAACUCCUCCUUGGACAAAAUCAGCUUGGGAAUCCGGACAGCAAUUUAACAAUCUUGCAGAGGUUUCCCCGGCUAUCCGUGGUACACCUGCAAAGGAACAACCUGAAGUGCUUCCCGAGGGAACUCCUGGAAUUGAACGGACUGACAACCCUCGAUCUAUCCGACAACCUCAUCGCAGAGAUUCCUCCCGACAUCAACCGCCUCGUAAACCUCGAAGAGCUGACGCUGGAUCGAAAUGGACUGAAGGAACUGCCAUCAGAGCUGAGCGAGCUGAGGUACCUGAGAAUUAUCUCUGUCGUUGGGAACUCGCUCAACGCUUUGCCAUCUUUUCUCAGAAUGCGUGCUCUCGCUGUUGCUGACGUUCAGCAUCGCGGUGAUCAUCAAGGUAGCAAAUAUUUCAAAGACGAGAAAAACAACCGGAACAAUCUGCACAAAGUCAAUCUUAGAAACAAUCAGCUCAAGGGAAGCAUCAUCCUUGGAAAUUACGGAAAUCUAACUCACUUGGACGUGAGUGAAAACAACAUCGAGACCUUGGAUAUCAGCGCACUCCAGGGACUGAGAAGCGUCCGAUGCGCCAGGAAUAUACUGAGGGAAUUGACCCUCUGUGGAAGGAACCUUAUCUCUCUAAUCGCCGGAAACAAUAGACUUACAAAACUGACCGUGGAACCAGUGCCAACGAAUCUCGAGCAUCUGGAUAUUUCCUAUAACUCGUUGGACAGUCUACCGGACUGGACACCGGAGGUUCCGUUGUUGCGAGCGUUAUUCGCGUCCAACAAUGCUUUGACUGCUCUUCCGGAUCGACUGUUGUCCCAGCCCUCUCGUCUGGAAGUUCUUCAUCUACCCCACAACAGACUCCAAGCCUUGCCACCCCCCAGGAGGCCUCUGAACUUGGCGCAUCUCACGCUACAGGGAAACACCCUGACAGCCCUUCCCGAGAAUUUCUUCCACAAUACGACAAGGUUGAAGGUUCUGAACCUGUCCAACAAUCGCUUGACCGAAUUGCCGAGUGUGGAAGACUCGGCCAAGACUGGACAAAGCGCCCAUUGUCUCGAGAAGCUCUACGUCACUGGUAAUUGUCUGACAGACACAGCCUUGGACUCUCUAGCCAGGCUUCCGGCUCUAAGGGUGCUUCACGCUGCGUACAAUAGUUUGGACACCAUGCCGGAAAGCUGCAUCGCAGCUUGGACCGAUCUCGAAGAACUUGUACUAUCAGGAAACCGUCUACAAUAUCUACCGGACAAUGUCGCACUUUUACGACAUCUAAGGGUCCUUAGGGUGCAUUCAAACCGGCUCUUAACCUGCCCGAUCUUCAACAAAACCAAUUCUCUCAGGGUGUUGGAUCUGGCUCACAAUCAGCUCGACCGUAUCAAUUUGGAAAGCCUCGUUCCACCUCAGCUUCAGUUUUUGGACAUAUCCUGCAACUCCAGGCUGCACGUCGAUCCGAGACAAUUUCAAGUAUAUCGUUCGCAAAGACCGUUGUCCCUGGUGGAUGUUUCUGGUCAGAAUCGAUCCAGCCUACCCUCUCACCCUCAUCACCAGGAGAUGGUCUCCGCUGAACGAAAUUUAGAACAACCUUGGCGACUCGGAUUUUCUGAGACAGCUGGAGGGCGCGAAAAGUUAUUCGUGUCCCAAAUCAGAAUGCCAGCAUUCUGCAACGUGGAGGGUCUCUUCGGAGUAUUCGACGGAGGAUCGAACCAGGAGGCACCUGUAUGCUUGCAGGAGAUGAUCCCGAGGCUACUUCUGGAGGAACGAACUAUCAAAGAAACGUCAAAGGACUACCUGAAGUACACGUUGCUUUCGGCCCACCGCGAGCUUAAAGAAAAGGGACAAAAGUACGGUGUAGACGCGACGCUGGUUCACCUCACGAGGAUUCCAUCGACCCCCGGCUACCCGCGGACCUCGAGGAGAUACGCGCUGAAGAUCGGGACUUCCGGUGAAGCAAAGGCGGUCCUGUGCAGAGCUGCAGGACCGCUGGUUCUGGCACCUGCGAAAAAAAGCCAGGCUGGGAACCAGCUCGGAAACGCAGCGAUGUUUCCUCUGGUUGUACCCGACCCCGUAACGGAGGAGGUCCUCCUCGAGGACGACGACGAGUUCGUUAUCGUGGCGAACCGCAGACUCUGGGAGGUGCUCAGUGUCCAGGAGGCCGUCCGCGAAGCCAGGGCUGAAGCCAGUCCUGUCCUGGCAGCAAAACGGCUUCAGGACUUGGCUCAGGCCUACGGCGCCGAGGAUAAUGUCAGCGUCAUUGUCCUUCGACUCACCGGUCCUGGAACCGGCGAUAUUGACCAGCUCAUGAGGGAACUUAAACACGCCGUUGGGAAAACCAGGACCCAGAACGAGGGUGGCGGAUGCCUUUGCGCCUGCUGCCAACCUCCGGCACUUCACAAGUCACCCGCGCCGUGCUGCUGCCACGUGAAUAAUGGAUAUUAUCUCAAUGGGGUGCUGAAGAAUAUUGUGAACAGUAGAACGAGUAAGUCUCAGGAGCCGUCAGGGCGGGGCGGAAAACCCUCCAGAACCUCGGAAAACGACGGUGGCAUCGCACACGGUGAUGACCGCAGUUCACCAAGCGGUCAAUCGGACCAGGCAAGCGACAGCACCUUCAAGUCAAGGCAGCCAUCGGGUCGCGGUUGGGUUACCGGAAGUGGCGGACCCACGCGGGUCUCGCGAACGCGGCAGGACGCUGAGAACCGGAAGUCGGGUGGAACCGGCUCUCCGGAGGCGGAAGACGCGCUCUCGGAACGUUCGGGCGCUCUAAGUGAGGAGCAGUUUCGUUGCUGGGAGUACAUGCUGGAGCAAAACACUCAGUUACUCUUCGACAAGGAGCUGGACACCCUGACCCGGUCACCAUUGCGUCGAGGUCAGUCAAGGUCGACGCCACAUUUGACUGGGAAUCUGCCCUUCCUCUCUAAGCGGUUCGGCAGCGCAAGGACCUUCAAUCCUGGACUGCCCAGGACACCGGUUAGAUUCGGAAGUGGUAGGAGGUUCCUAACUGGCGGUCCAAACGCCGCCUAUUUCGGCAGCCUCCAGAGGCUCAUGCCUUACAAUCUGGAGUACGACUUCGCAGUUAUCCAGGAACGUAGCGGACUCGAUUCCCUCGAACAAGAUACCACUAGAAUGCAACAGUACUGGGGCGUCGCGACGACCGAGUUGUGAAGGGGGAUUAGAGUUGGUACUUUGACAACGAGAUGUGGGAUCACAUCGCGGAUGAACUCAUGAUGCUCGUCGAAUUCCAGGAAGACGGAUUAUUAGGAUUAUGGAAAUGCCGGUGAUGAGGUGGUUCAGACACUGCACCAAAGUGUUUUAUGGAAAAGAAAAAGUGGAGGAAU